AUGGGUGUUCCAGAAAACAAAAUUAGUGACACGAAAAUGUCGAUUAAAAAUAAAAGUACGUCAAGUGAAUUGCCCAAGAAGAGCCAAAUAGUCUGGAAGAAUAUAUUUUUAUUAUUCUUUCUACACCUUUUUGCCCUUCACGGGAUUUAUUUUGUAACAACGAUUAAAUUCUCCACAAUCGUUUGGGCUAUCUUCACCGCUGUCAUCACGGGACAAGGAAUAACAACCGGAGCACACCGAUUAUGGGCACACCGUUCAUAUAAAGCCAAAUUACCUUUGAGGAUAAUUUUAUGUUUUUUGCAAACCAUGGCCUUACAAACCCCGAUUUAUGAUUGGGUUCGAGAUCACCGCGUUCAUCACAAAUUCACCGACACAGAUGCGGAUCCACACAACGCGAGUAGAGGAUUUUUCUUUUCGCAUGUGGGGUGGUUGUUGGUAAGAAAACAUAAGCAAGUUAUCGCCAAAGGAAAUACGUUGGAUUUGAGCGACUUGGAAAAUGAUCCCGUCGUGAUGUUUCAAAAAAGAUACUAUAUGAUUUUUGCUCCUAUUUUGUGUCUAGUCGUACCCGCUUGGGUUUCUUGGUACUAUUUUGAGGAAGAUUUGUACGUGGCAUGGACUACCACAUGUUGUUUGCGAUAUGUGUUUACACUGCAUGCUACAUGGGCCGUUAAUAGUGUGGCUCACAUUUGGGGCACAAAACCCUAUAAUAGGGAGAUAAAGCCAACAGAAAAUGUUUUUGUGUCCAUCUGUUCUUUUGGGGAGGGUUGGCACAAUUAUCAUCAUGUUUUCCCUUGGGACUAUAAAGCAGGAGAAUUUGGCAGUUAUAAAACUAAUGUUAGUACCGCCAUUAUUGACCUAAUGGCAAAAAUAGGGUGGGCUUACGAUUUGAAAAGUGCAACGCCUGAAAUGUUAAAAUUGCGGAGAAGUCGGAUGGAAAAGUGAAAUAUAUAUUUUUUUAGAU